AUGUCCAUUCCACCAAGCCUCUUCCCUAUAGACCUUUUCGAUAUGGACCGUAGGUCGUACAAGCAUCCAUCUUGCCACGGGCACCCGCUGACCACUGCCAGGAAAUACUUCGUCACCUUGGGACUGAGGAGUAUGAACUGGGACGAAUGGAUUGAGCUCGAUAACCACUAUCUAAAGUACCAUGCCGACAAGGCGCGCCGCAUCGAAGAACGUGGCAGCAAAUGCUGCCAUACCUCACCAGAAGCAAUGGACGGGGCACUCGAACUUUUAAACGAACUGUGCACAUAUCUUCCAGAAAGAUACCCAAGCAUGUUCGAAAAGACCCCAACUGGUAUUUCCAACAAGGUAACAAACGAAACCUUCGACAUAACCCAACGUCCCCUCGCAGAAGACCCAAUGGCGAUAGCUGCCCGUCUCGUCCAGGACGACCUAGCCAUCAUGGUCGAGCGAGCAGACGGCGAAUACUACCUCCUAGGCGGAGCGGUCCUUCUCGCCGGAUUCUGGCGCCUCACAGACAAGUUCGGGAUGCGACUCUCUGAAAUCCAUACCUCGGGCGAUGUCCCGCAAUACAAGAGCAAGCUCGAGAAGGGGAUGAUGAAUUUCUUCCGCCGGUUGCGUCCUGAAGAUCCCGUUCAACGAAACAAUUACUUUAUCCAGGUUGAUGAUGAUCUGGCUUGGUCGCAUAGUAUUGGGCCUGAGGAUGCUGAUGAAGUAUCGUGGGGGACUGCGGAGAAGAAUCGGGCUAUUGAGAAUCAUUUCUUCCGGUCUGAGAGGCAGUCACUGAGGAGAUUGCCGAAGUCUGGUGCGGUGGUCUUUACCAUUCGGACUUACUUCGAGCCCAUCACUGAGGUUGCCAAGGAGCCGUAUGUUCCUGGGAGGUUGGCUAGUGCUAUUCGGAGCUGGGGGGAUGAUGUUAGUCGGUAUAAGGGGAAAGAGAAAUAUCAGGAGGUCUUGCUGGAGUAUUUGGAUUUAAAGCACCGGGAGCAGGUUGAGGGGGGUCUGGAGAUCGAGAAGGAAGAUGAGGUUCGGAGUUAUCCUUUCUGA